AUGGAAAAGAGUCAGUGGGACUUGAAACAUAUUCGUUUUACUUCUGGCCGGCUCACCAGGCUUGAUGACUUUGUAGCCCAGUAUCGGAUUAGCCACACUGCACUCCUGAAGGAGUAUGAGGACUCCGAUAGAGUUUUCCGAAGGAAGACUUACAGAGUAGAAAAAGAAAUAUGGAAAGAAAAGCAACAGAAAAAACGGGGAAGAUAUGUCUCAGCAAUUCCCAAGCCUUUCCGUUUCAAGACAUCAAAAAAGAAGUCCUCAGUGUCUGAGGGUCCCAUUGGAAAACAAAUCUCGCCACCACAGCUAAGGUCAUCCCUGGAGGGGGACCAUGAAAACAUUGUUGACAACAAGGCAAAGACAACAGCAACCCCACAGGAUCAACUCACCUCUUUGUGGAAAAGGAGAGACACUGAGGUUGUGGUUUCUGUGAUCCCUACACAAACCAAAGUAACAUCAUUUAUCAUUCAUCACAGUGAACUUUGUACACUUCGGCCACACCAGUGGCUAAAUGGCGAGAUAAUUGAAGCCCUGUUUCAUAUUGCUGCCAGUGAGCUAGAGAUCGGGAAUUCCAUUUACAUUCUUAAUCACUACGUAGCAGGUGUGAUUCUGUUUGGGGAAAAACCUCAGCUUGCCUGGCAAAAAUUGUCAAAGAUUAACUUGAACAAUUACCAGGGAAUUGUUUCUUUUGUGAACAUUGACAAUGUCCAUUGGAAGUUUCUGUUCAUAAAUGCGGUCAACCACACAGUGUACCUGGUAGACCCAUCAAAAAGUCCCACAGAGAAAGAUGACUCAAUUCAUGCUGCCCAAAAACUCAGUGAGUACAUACAAAUGAGGAAUACUCAACAAAGAAAAACAGAGUGGCUGAAUAUACAGUGGAAAGGAGGAGUUAUGACACAUCCAGUCCAGCAGGAUGGCAGUAGCUGUGGCGUCAUUGUUGUCUUGAUGGCAAGGGAAAUAAUGAAAGCAUUUCCAAAUGUUCCCAUUUUACAAUUUGGAACUUCCAGAAAGGAAAUGGCCAAUGAACGAAAAAUGAUGGCUCUACAGAUACUCAAAGCAUCAGGUUUGUAAAACAAGUUCUUGUCUGCUGUGUGCUUAAAUAUAUAAUAAAAUGCAGCUUCUCACAUCUGACUCAAGUCAAAAUUCAAAUACACCAAGCAGAAUUCAAGUAUA